UUAGAGCUGGACACCGAAUCAGGUGGGUCUUCGUUGUCUUUAUGGCUGGACACCGAAUCAGGUGGGCCUUCUCCAUUUCCUCCGUAGGUUAAUAGAGGGCAUGUGUUUUGUCAAGCAAUCGUGUCCGGUACGUAGUCUGAACUCAGCAACGGCUUCGAUUCUUGGCCCGCCGGGUAUGUCGGAGAGUGCCACUGUCCACUAUUUCUCCUCUAUGUGGUAG